GCUUUAAGAAUCUUUCUUACUCUCUCUCUCUCUCUCUCUCUCUCUUUAAAAACACAUGCCCUUAAGCCACUUCUCUCACCAUCAUUAUACUGUUCUUCUCCUUAUCUCUUGAAGCAAAAACAUUUCCUUUUUGCAUUCCUUGCUCUGUUUUUUCUGUUUUGCUUCUUUUAGUCUCUUUGUUUCGUUCUUGACCUUCUUCAUUAGACAGUGACUUUGUAUUGUCCUAAAACAACAACAACAAAAACCCAACUUUUUAUAGUAACUUAAGAUGUUUCAAAUUGUAGGGAAGUACCGGUGGAAACAAUCAUAUCGGUACAAAAAGCUAACUGAGCAACAUGAAAAACUGACAACAACUCCACCACCAACAACAACAAGGUCAAGUAAAAGACAUUACUUGGGGAAGAAGAACGAGUUUCGAGCAAAAGGGUUUAGACUAAACCGAUCAAGGAAGCUGGUACUUAAGGCAUUAGCUUUGCCGAGAAGGAUCUUUAACAUCUAUAUGCGUAUCACAAAUCAGAUGAACAAAGAAGGUUUGUAUCCGAAUCUUGUUUUCUCUUCUUCUCAUUGGGGUUUCCCUGGUCAGCUGAGUUCAAGAGGUGGGUUCCGUUAGAGAGAAGACACCAAACGUUGAUAACUCAAAAAAGGUAUGAAACAAAGCAAUGUAAAGCCAAUGAUUACAUGAGAUCAUACAUACUAUGUACUUCUUGUAAAUUGUUAUGUUUUUUUUUUUUUCAAGUUAAGGGUUAAUAAGAGCAGAGUCUAUGAUUUGUUAUGUUUCAUAGUUGAGCGCAAGUGCUUGAGUGAUUCUAUUAAUAUCCUCAUCACUCUUGGUGAAAUACAAGUAACGUUGGUUUUUGUUGUUGUUG